CCCUACACAUCCGACAUGUUUUCCGAAUCGCAGACGGAAUCCGAAGCAAUGGCUGAAGAAGUGCUGACCUUUGAAGAGGGGCCUGAACUUGCUGCGGAAGAAGAAGAGCUACAGCGUACACCAACCCCGAUCAUGGCACCGAAAUUCAUCACCAAAAUCAAGGAUACACGAGCAGCUCGUGGACACCAGGCUAUCUUCGAAUGCGUUGUUCCAGACACGAAAGGCGUUUGCUGCAAGUGGUUGAAAGAUGGACGUGAGAUAGAGCUAAUUGCAAGGAUUCGUGUGCAGACACGGACAAUUGAAGGUUUCGUGACCAGUGAGCUAAUCAUUGAUGACGUGAUUCCGGAAGAUGCCGGUAAAUACACAGUGGUGGUGGAGAAUGUUGCUGGCAAAGAUUCAUGCGAAGCAACACUCACUGUUAUAGGUUAG